GUAACAUCUCGACGCCGCCGCGCGCGUCGACUGGGCUGAGCCCGCUGGCCUAUCUCACCACACAGCACUGCUGUGAAGUGAACCCGACGCGACGCGGCUUGUGAAGCCCCCUGUCAUUCACUUCCCGCCGGCACCACGCUUGCACGCCCCCAGAUUGAAAUAGCUCCUUAAUCCACCGAUGAUCCCUCCUUUCAGCCGUCUGUCUCUUUAUCUCCUUGUUCCCUCCCUGAGACUGAACCAUCUAUCUACCUGCUUCAUUUCGCCAUCUCCACAACAUUAGAGCGGAAUCACACCCACACUAUGCGCAAAUUUCUCUUGGCCUCCGUGGCUACGGCUUCGAUGCUGUUCACCACAAAUGCUGAAGCUGUCGCCGCCAACCCACUUCCCAAACCUUCCAACAUCACUUGGGGCGACUCGGGGUGCUUCUCAGUUGGACCAUUAGCUCUAUCGGCUCCGGACCACGAGGUCCUGAGGCAAGCCUUCAACCGUGCUACAGGAACCAUCACCCAGCUCAAGUGGAUUCCUGCAGCAGUCGAAGCACCUAUCCGUGAAUUCGAGCCAUUUCCGACACGGACUGCUCCCAAGAAAUCAAGAAGAAAGAGGCAGUAUGGUGUUCCACCAACUGGCAACUGCACCGGCCGUCUCACCACAGUCGAUGUCGCUGUCAUCAACACACACGCCGCUCUGCAACAUGGGGUUGACGAGUCGUACACAUUGGACAUUUCCGAAGGUUCUAGCGCUGUUGCUAUCUCUGCUGAGACUGUCUAUGGCGCACUACAUGCUUUCACCACCCUUCAGCAACUAAUCAUUAACGAUGGCGACGGUAAUUUGAUCAUCGAACAGCCAGUCUCCAUCCAGGAUUCGCCUCUCUACCCGGUGCGCGGCAUCAUGGUCGACAGUGGGCGCAACUUCAUCUCCAAAGCCAAGAUUCUUGAGCAGAUCGAUGGCAUGGCACUGUCGAAGCUCAAUGUCCUCCAUUGGCACAUUGUCGACUCUCAAUCGUGGCCUUUGGAGAUCAAAGCCUACCCCGAGAUGACUGGAGACGCCUACUCGCGCAAUGAAGUGUUUUCCCAAGACACCCUCAAGGAAAUCGUCGGCUAUGCCGCAGCUCGCGCGGUGCGUGUCAUCCCGGAAAUCGAUAUGCCAGGCCAUGCCAGCUCUGGGUGGGGCCAAAUUGAUCAGGAACUUCUGACGUGUCAGGACAGUUGGUGGUCCAACGACGAAUGGGCACUGCACACUGCUGUUGAGCCGAACCCGGGUCAGCUUGACAUCUUGAAUAACAAAACCUAUGAGGUCACCGGCAAGGUGUACAAGGAGGUUGCUGACAUUUUUCCCGAUGACUGGUUCCAUAUUGGUGGUGACGAGCUGUUCCUGAAUUGCAACAACUUUAGCUCCCGUGCAGUUGAGUUUUUCGACUCUGGAAAAACCAUGGGAGAUUUGUACCAGUAUUGGGUCGAUCACGCCAUUCCCAACUUCCGCAAGCAGGCUAAUAAGACUUUCGUCAUGUGGGAAGAUGUUGUGCUUUCCGCUGCGGUCGCUGCUACUGGUGACGUGCCUAAGGACAUCAUCUUGCAGGCCUGGAACAACGGUCUUGAUCACAUAUCCAAUCUGACCGCAGCUGGGUACAAGGUUAUCGUCUCUUCAUCUGACUUCAUUUACCUCGACUGUGGCUACGGUGGCUGGGUAGGCAACGACCCUCGCUACAAUGUCAUGGUCAACCCCAACGCCACUGACGGAAGCCCCAACUUCAACUGGGGAGCUGGAGGAGGCUCAUGGUGUGCGCCAUACAAAACCUGGCAACGCAUAUACGACUACGACUUCACUUUCAACCUUACGGACGCGCAAAAGUCACUUGUUCAGGGUGCCAUUGCCCCGCUCUGGUCUGAACAAGUCGAUGACGUGGUCAUCAGCCAGAAGAUGUGGCCUCGCGCUGCAGCCCUUGCUGAGCUUGUGUGGUCAGGUAACCGCGAUCAAGAUGGUAACAAGAGGACCACAGAGCUGACACAGCGAAUCUUGAACUUCCGCGAGUACCUCGUUGCCAACGGUGUUCAGGCGGCUCCCUUGAUGCCCAAGUACUGUCUGCAGCACCCCCACGAGUGUGACCUGAAUCAAAACCAGACUGCGCUUCAUGUAUCGAGUGCAUAGAAGCUGUAACGGCAGCUACUCUCAUGAAUCUUACAAUUCUUCCUUUCUCCUGGGCGGCUACAUGAUUCGAAACUUGGGCGGUGGAUUUGAAGUAAUUCGAGACUGCAUUUGAUAAGUCGAUAUUCCCGAGCUGUACCAAAUACAUCUCACACGUAUGCAAAUUUCACCUGCUGUUCUACCUCCUCCGCGCAA